AGUUACAAAUGAAAACUUCCGCCAUCAACAGGACUACAAAUGUAGUCCAGGUUCCUUUAGACUGGCUGACAGCCUCUUUCAACUGCAACAGCGGAAAACUCGUCACAACAACCGCCGCGAGGACUCCCUGCGUGUUACUCUGAAAAGAUGAGUCUGCGAGAAAUCAGUGAGAACGUGAAGCUGGCCCGUGAAUACGCCUUGCUGGGAAACUACAGCUCAGCCAGUGUUCUCUAUCAUGGGUUGCUCGAACAAAUCAAAAAGUAUGUGUACACGGUGCGAGACAGCAGUUUUCAGCAGAGAUGGCAGCAGUUGUGGCAGGAAAUAAAUGAAGAGAAUCAGCAGGUUCAGGACAUUAUGUCGACUCUGGAGAACUUCCAGCUGAACGCAACACCCGCUAAACCCAGCAACCACGACGACUGUGAGAUUAGGCCUGUGCAUGUGGAGCCGAGACAUUCUCCAUUACCCGUUAGACGCUCUGCUAACCCCUAUAAAGAGAGCAAACCUCCCAACAACCGGCUGAGUGUGGCUGUGAGGGCCCAGCAGAGGCACUCUCCUCGGGGAGGCAACGGGGAGAGGAGCAAACCUUCCAAAGGCAAAGAAAAGAAGGAGGCAAAAGAGGCAAAGGACACCUCUGGUAGAGCGAAGGACGAGAAGAACAAAGCCGGUGUCCAGGAGAAAGAACUGAAACGGUUUGAUGGGACAGGCUAUGAUAAAGACCUCGUAGAAGCCCUGGAGAGGGAUAUUAUCUCUCAGAAUCCAAACGUUAAAUGGGACGACAUUGCUGACUUAGAAGAUGCAAAAAAACUCUUGAAAGAAGCGGUGGUGUUGCCGAUGUGGAUGCCUGCAUUUUUCAAAGGCAUACGAAGACCAUGGAAGGGAGUGCUUAUGGUGGGACCUCCAGGUACGGGAAAAACACUUCUGGCUAAAGCAGUUGCUACUGAAUGCAGAACCACAUUCUUCAACGUCUCCUCGUCUACUCUCACCUCCAAGUACAGAGGAGAGUCUGAGAAACUCGUUCGCCUUCUCUUUGAAAUGGCUCGUUUUUACGCUCCCACGACAAUCUUCAUUGACGAAAUUGACUCCAUGUGCAGCCGCAGAGGGACGUCAGAGGAACAUGAAGCCAGCAGGAGGGUCAAGGCAGAACUACUGGUGCAAAUGGAUGGUGUCGGUGGUGCAUCUGAGAAUGAUGACCCAUCGAAGAUGGUGAUGGUGCUGGCUGCCACCAACUUCCCGUGGGACAUUGAUGAGGCUCUGAGGAGACGGCUGGAAAAAAGGAUCUACAUCCCUCUCCCUUCAACUAAAGGACGAGUGGAGCUGCUCAGGAUCAAUCUAAAAGAGCUAGAGCUGGCCGGCGACGUGGACUUGGACAAGAUAGCGGAACAGAUGGAGGGUUACUCAGGAGCUGACAUCACUAAUGUCUGCAGGGACGCCUCUCUGAUGGCCAUGAGGCGAAGAAUCGAGGGCCUCACUCCAGAGGAGAUCCGCAACAUUUCCAGGGACGAGAUGCACAUGCCCACCACCAUGGAGGACUUUGAGUCAGCCCUGAAGAAAGUGUCCAAAUCCGUUUCUGCAGCUGACCUGGAGAAGUACGAAAAGUGGAUUGAAGAGUUCGGGUCCUGCUGAAAGGAAAAUGGCAUGAGUGUGUGUGUGUGUGUGUGUGUGUGCUGCGUUUGAGUGACAGGGAGUAUGACUGUCGGUUGGUGUGGCUGUAUUCUUCUGAAUCAGUCAGUGAUUGUGAUGAAGGCAGCUCUAUUACAGUAGCUACAUAAGUGCACUUGAAGAUGUUCCGGUAAUGUUAUGCAAAAGUCUUAAAAAGAGAAAAGCUUGAAAAAUGAAGGACCAUGAACUCAUCACGUGUUCAUCAUGAAAGACAAAUCAGAUGGAGCUGAUAAAACGUUACAUGGUCCCUGUAACACUGACAGGAGUUCAUUUCCAGACCUUUUACUACUACUACUACUGCUAAGUGUCAUAAUAUCUUUGCACCGUUGUAUUUAUUAGUGGGAUUAUUAAGAGACAAUCAAACCUGACUUUUUUCUUCUCUUUUUGUUGCACUUUGAUUUUAUGUGGAACCAUGUGGUUCUUUCACAUUUUUUGGUGAUGUACUAUCUUAGGAACAUAACACUUUUCUAUAAAUAAAGUUAAUAAUGGACACUAA